AUGACUACUCUCCGAUCUCAGGGCGUUGCCCGCAUUCUGCGAAGCGCCACCGUGCCGCGUCUGGCCGUUCCCACCCAGCGCUUCCAGAGCUCCAUCGCGAAGCACAGCGAGCAUGAGGUUAUCGGGACGCCGAGCACCGCCAACCAGCCCGACUUCGAUACCCUCCACGACAAGGCCACCUCGACCUUUACCCCCGUGCCCCGGUCCGUUCAGGACGGCACCGACGACCUUCGCUCCGCCGCUGUCACCUCUGGUGCUCCCAUGGAGCUUCAGGCUCGCACCGUCAGAAUAUACAAAGAAACAAAGGCCGCCACACAGUCCGGAACCUGGAGGGGCCACGAUUGGCGCAUGGACUGGGACAUUCUUCCCAAAGGCCACCGCUGGGAGAACCCUCUGAUGGGAUGGCAGUCGUCUGGAGACUACAUGCAGGGCACACAUCUCAGCUUCGAGUCCAAAGAGGACGCUAUCCACUUCGCCGAGAAGCAGGGCUACGAAUUCUUUGUACAGGAACCCAACACCCGCAAGUUCACUCCCAAGGUCUACGCCAACAACUUCCUGUAUAGCGCCCGCAAGCUCAAGCAUAUCCGCACAAAAUAA